GCGAAGGCAUUGCUUUCAAGAUGGCGUCCGGCAGUGGGGCAAAAAAUGACUUCCGAAGGAAAUGGGACAAAGAUGAGUAUGAAGAGUUAGCUCAGAAGCGCUUGACAGAAGAAAGAGAAAAGAAAGAUGGCAAACCUUUCCCUCCCGUUAAGCGGGAGCUUUUACGGCACAGGGACUACAAGGUGGACCUGGAGUCGAAGCUUGGGAAGACCAUUGUUAUCACCAAAACUACCCCCCAGGCUGAGAUGGGAGGAUAUUACUGCAAUGUCUGUGAUUGUGUGGUUAAGGAUUCUAUUAACUUUUUGGAUCAUAUCAAUGGCAAAAAACAUCAGAGAAACUUGGGUAUGUCAAUGAGGGUGGAACGAUCAUCUCUGGAUCAGGUAAAGAAAAGAUUUGAGGCAAACAAGAAGAAGAUUGAGGAAAAACAAAAAGAGUAUGACUUUGAAGAACGAAUGAAGGAACUCCGGGAGGAGGAGGAGAAAGCAAAGGCAUACAAGAAGGAAAAGCAGAAAGAGAAAAAGCGCAAGGCUGAUGAAGAUCUCAACUUUGAGGAAGAUGAUGAAAUGGCCGCAGUUAUGGGAUUCUCAGGAUUUGGUUCCUCAAAAAAAGGCCACUGAUUUGACCUCUACCCCCCACUUGCCGUCUUUCCUUUUUUCUUUUUUUAUAGCCUUGAUGCACAUCCUCUUCUGAGUCAUAAAUAAACUGUACUUUUUUAAUAUAUACAAGAAGUCAUCUUUAGUCAUCUGUACUGCAUCCCAGCAUCUGUUGAUUCCUGUUAUACAAGGAAUAUGAAUGUGUGUGGGGCUGGGGAUAAAAAUAAUGGACUAAGUAUGUUUGUUUUUUAUUUUGUCUUAAAUUUUUGGAAACAAAUUUGUCCAUUGAUAGUUCACAAUAACCUUUGUCUUAAAGUGUAAUAACAGCAGAAGCUGUCGACAGACAUCACUAUAGGAGACUGUGUGGUCUGGUGGCUUAUAACCAGGCGGUCCCCGGCUCAAAUCCCGACUGACUCGCUGAGUGACCUUGAGCACGUCAUUUGACCUACUUGUGCUCUGUCUUUUGGGUGAGACGACGUUGUAAGUGACCCUGCAGCUGAUGCAUAGUUCACACACCCUAGUCUCUAAGUUGCUUUGGAUAAAGGCGACUGCUCAAUAAACUAAUAGUGAUCCCUGUAAUCCAUCAAAUAAAUAUUAACCAAAAAAAAAAAAAAAAGUUUUCCGCUGGCUCUUUUACAGUACGGGUAGUUUGGGCAUUAAUGGAUUAAAAUAGCAUUUUGUUGUGUAAACAAAUCUUCAGUGGCAUAUUGGUUACAACAUAAGGUUUACUAUCUGCUCCUCCAUCAACACCGGGGUUGCUCAGUGGUUACUUCAUGUGAAUACAAACAGUUACACCCUGGAGGUCUGACCAAGGGCGCUGUCUGAUGUUUUAUUUCUUAUAAUAAAACUGUUAUUUUAACAUUUAA